AUGAACUCAAGAUCUAAGAACAAUAUAAAAAAAGAUUUAAGAAUUCUAGAAAAUGAAACUAUAAAAAAUGAGAGUAACUCCUCAAUCGACAAGAAAAAUCUAGAAGAAGAAAAUAAUUAUCCGUGGACCGAAGUUCACAAAAAAGCCAUACAGAAUAAUGAAAAAACAUACAUAGAUCCCGAAACAUCAUAUCUAGUAAUGACUGAACUAUAUCAUAAAGAAAGGGGUUACUGUUGUGGGAAUAAUUGUAGACAUUGUCCAUAUGAUCAUGUAAAUGUCGGCAAAAAAAUUAUCAUCGGAACCGACGAGAAAACGGAAACGACCGAUGAUUGUGGACUCUUUAAGAAUUUAAAGAGAUUAUUCAAAAAAAAAUCCAAGAAAAAUAAAUUAAAACGUAAUUCGCAAAAUGAAGUGCUUAUUGAUUCAAGAGAAAAUCAAACACCAGUUAACGGAAGAAAUUUUAGUAUAAUAGAGUCACACGAGGAUAAUACUGAUGAAAAAUCAAUUUAUGGUCUCUCUGAAAUUGAAGAUAUUGCCCUUAAAGCUAUCGAUGAUGUUUCUGGUGAAUUAAGGGAUAUAAGUUUAUUGAUCCAUGAUCGCCCAGAAUUGAGUUACCAAGAGAAAUACGCACAUGAUUUAAUAGUUCCUUAUAUGAAAGAAAAAGGGUUUAACGUAACACCGAAUGCUUUCGGACUUGAUACGGCCUUCGUCGCGGAAUAUCGUUCCGAAUCCGGAAAAGGACGUGUUGUUUCGUUCAAUUCGGAAUAUGACGCUUUGCCAGAUCUUAUAGCAAUUAGUGGAAUAGGUGCUGCUAUUGGUCUUAAAGCAGUACUUGAAAAAUUCGAGAUCGAAGGCACAGUUAAAUUGUUUGGUACACCCGCUGAAGAAAAGGGGCAUGGAAAAAUAGAUAUGAUCAAGGCGGGCGCAUAUGAAGGAGUUUUUGCUUCGCUAAUGAUUCAUCCAAGUCCAUUCAACGGAGCAUUUAUAAACUUCUUGGCAAUACAAUCAGUAAAAGUAGAAUACUUUGGAAAAAGUGCUCACGCAGCUGGUGACCCCUGGGAAGGAAUUAAUGCCUUGGAUGCAAUUGUGUCGGCUUAUACCAACAUUGGAUUGUUGAGACAACAAAUUUUGCCUACAAACAGGUUUUCUAUUCGUGGAAGAACACUCGCGGAUGUAAAUGAUCUUCGACCUCGUGUAGAUAAAUGUUUUCUUGCAGCUGCCGAAGCAACAGGAGCGAAGGUGAAAAUUACAUGGGGGCAAGAACUUUAUGAUGUAAAAACGAACGAUCAAAUUGCUGAACGUUAUGAAAAUUAUAUGAAUACAAAUUUUGGUGUGGAAUUCCCAUCGAAAAACCAUCAAUCAAUGAUCUCCGUAGGUUCGACAGAUCAAGGAAAUGUGACAUAUUCGGUUCCAGGAUUUCAUGCAAUGUAUAAUAUUCAUCCGCCUCCUGGCGAAAGUAAUCACACACCAGGAUUUACCAAACAAGCUAAGACUGAAUUAGCACAUCUUGAAACAAUUAAAGCAACAAAAGGAAUGACAUUAGUUGGAUUAAAAAUUUUGGCAGAUGAUAGUUUCGCUAAAAAAGUUAGAAAAAAUUUCGAAGAAAGUGAAAUAUAG